GCCACGUCUGAUAGCUAGUGAUGUCCCCAACCCCCACCGACAUACCAGAGAAGGGAAAACAAGAAGACUCGGGAAAGACCGAACAUGUCUGACUCACUCCGAUUGAGGGGUGGAAAGUGUCGGGUCCUUUUAGUGUGACACGCGGUGGCGGUCCGAGCUACCAUCAAGAUCCCCACCCCAGCUCCUUCUAUGAUUCCCGCCCGAGCUACCAUCAAGAUCCCCACCCUGGCUACUCUUAUGAUCCCCGCCCGAGCUGCCAUCAAGAUCCCCACCCCAGCUCCUCCUAUGAUCCCCGCCCGAGCUACCAUCAAGAUCCCCACCCCCAGCUCCUUCUAUGAUUCUCGCCCGAGCUACCAUCAAGAUCCCCACCAGGGCUCCCCCUAUGAUCCCCGCCCGACAUCCUACUACGAUCCCCGCCAAGGCUCCUCCUAUGAUCCACGCCAGGGCUCCUACCACGAUCCCCGCCCGAGCUCCUACCAUGAUCCACGCCCGGAAUCUCAACAAUUCCCUCGCCCGAUCUCCUACUAUGAUCACCGCCCGAGCUACCAACAAUCACCCCACCCGAGCUCCUACCAUGAUCACCGCCCGAGCUACCAACAAGAUCACCGCCCGAGCUUCUUCAAUGAACCCCCUACAUCCUCGGGUACUUAGCAUGAUGGUUCCUCCACGACUGUACAACACGAUUUAAAUCUUCUUCCUCGCCCUCAGUAGCCGUGGCCUCCUACUCCUCAUCGUAUGAGCGUGGAUGAUCCCCGCACGACCCCGGAAGAGCCUCUUCCCACGGACCAACGCCGCCAUAGCACCGACGAGAAACCUAGCAUAGCAAGUCGAAAUCUACCACUGGCUCCACCCAUGGUUACACCCGUCAGUCAUCGUACAAGGAGCAAGAAAGUGUUGCAACCCCAUGAGUCACAGGGACUUCCUUGAGUGUUAUUUUUAGUUUAUUGAAUUGAGUGUUGUUUUUAGUUUAUUUUGAGUUCUAUGUACUUGACUUCCUUGCUUUUGCUUUCGUGUUAACUUAAGUUUCGAUUGUCAUUUUCCAAAUUCCUUGUUUUUAGUUUAUUUCAGCGAUGAUAAUGUGAUUUAUGUUGAAAAAAGAAAUACAUGGGAUAUCG